UUAUGCGAACAUCACAGCUCUAGUUCUCGUCAGGUGGCAAUAUUUGCCCAACAAAUAGUGAAAUUCAAUUUAAUUGCAUUUUUUAGCUGCAAAGGUUGUAAAUAGUUAUUCCGUGUUAAAUGUGUAUUGUAGGGCUUACAAAAUGUGCAAAUUGUAAUAAAUAGUAAUAAUACCAAAAAUCAAGUAUUUUGAUGAGCAAUAAUCUUGCCGUGAACGCAAUAGAAGGAAAAUCGAACGAACUUUCUUUUUUCCAUCGCGAGUGUUGUGUGCUUGUGUGUAUAUGUUAAGUGUGUGUGUUUUUAUUUGCUGCCAUGCAAAUGCGAAAAAGCGCAGCGUAAAAUAUAAAAAAUUCAAAUUAAAGUGCGCAAAAAGUCAAUUAAUUACGUUAACUUGUUUAAAUUGUUCGGUUUGUGGCUCACUGGGCACGCCUACAAUUGCAAAACGCCUACGCAAUUAGCGCACAGGGGCACACUCACACACACACAUACGUGCACGGCAGCCACUGUCGCUGUCAACGUUGACGCUGCCGUUGUCGUUGUCGUUGCUGCAGUAAACAGGAACAACAACAACAAACUAGAAACAUGAAGAAAAUCUUGUCGAAAUUUGAUAGAAAUGAGAAAUUGGAUAACUCGCACAACAGCUCCUCAUCGAAGGAGACAAACAGCUUUGUUGGCAAGGUCUUCACAGUCGGACGCGUCACGGUCACUGUCGAGGAUGUCUUGGCCGAAGGUGGCUUCGCCAUGGUCUUUCUGGCGCGUGGCAAUGGCGGAGGCAGUGCGUCCACAACAAAGUACGCACUUAAACGCAUGUAUGUCAACAAUGAGCAUGAUUUGAACGUGGCCAAGCGUGAAAUACAAAUUGCCAGCAAUCUGAGCGGUCACAAGAACAUCAUAGGCUAUGUUGACUCGAGCAUCACGCCCACUGGCAAUGGAGUGUGCGAAGUGCUGCUGCUGAUGCCCUACUGUAAGCACCACAUGCUGGCCAUGAUGAAUGCUAGAUUACAUGUGGGCUUCACCGAGCCGGAAGUGCUGACCAUCUUCUGUGAUAUUGCCGAGGCGGUGUCGCGUCUGCAUUACUGCCAAACGCCCAUUAUACAUCGCGACUUGAAGGUCGAGAAUAUUCUGCAAACGGAUGCCGGCAACUUUGUGCUCUGUGACUUCGGAUCGGCCACGGCGAAAACGCUGAAUCCGCAACAGCAUGGCGUCAGUCAUGUGGAGGAGGAGAUACAAAAGUAUACAACAUUGUCCUAUCGUGCACCCGAAAUGAUUGAUCUGUACAAUGCCAAGAGCAUAACAACCAAAGCGGAUAUAUGGGCGCUGGGCUGUAUGCUCUACAAGCUUUGCUUCUUUACGCUGCCCUUUGGCGAGAGCACCCUGGCCAUACAGAACGGACACUUCGCCAUACCGGACAACUCCAAGUAUUCGCGUGGCGUGCAUCAGCUGAUCAAGUAUAUGCUGGAUACGGAUUUGGAGCAUAGACCAAACAUUUGGCAGGUCUGCGAGGUGGCCUUUAGACUGGCGGGCAAGGAUAAUCCCGUACAAAAUUUGCAUAAAUCACCGUUGCCCAAUUUCGAGCAGCUGCUGGUGCCGCCAUUUGAAGCGGAGGCCAAGCGCAUUAGUGCCGCUGCUGCCAAGGCGGCCAAACCGCAACAAAACUCUUCGCUUGUGGAGGCAGGCACCAGUGUAGUGCCACGUUCGCGUCCUAAGGGCUCCAGCACGGUUCAUGGCCAAAAUGCUUUGGGCUUGGGCUUGCCGCCAAGUCCGCUGCCACGUCAAAAUAUUACAUCGCCGCAGCCUGUGGUGGAGCAGUUUCAGGCAAAUUUCCCAGCCAUGCCGCCAGUGUCAAGCACAACAGCAGCACCCGCUACAAUCCCCACCAGCAGCAGCAGCACCACCACCAAAAACACCACCACUGGCAGCAACAGCAACAGCAGCAACGCUGUUAAUAAUCUAUUCGAAUCCAGCGUCUAUCCGGAUCCGUUUAAUGAGCAUGGCUCAACAGCAGCAGCAGCGCCUGCAACAACUGCAGCUGCUAAUGUUGAAGCUGCCAGUGAAACGGCAGAGCCUGUCACCAGCGAGUUAACUGUCAGUGGUGGCAACAGCUCGCCCACCCAGCAUAUGCUAACGCCGCCCAAACCCAACGCCAACAGUGGCCAUAGGCGCAAUGUUAGCGACACGUCAGCGUUUAAUAAAACCUUUGCCAAUGAAACAAGUCAGUUCUUGGCGCCGUAUAACAACAACAUUGCCAUGGCUGGCGAUGGACCACAGAAUGUGACGCUAGCCAGCGCUGCCUCCAAUCCUGGUAUUUAUGCAGGCAACAGCGCCACAGCGUCCAACUCGCUGUCCAGCAAUGAGAUUGGCUUGAAGCGUCAGAGUGUGGACAAGCGUGUGGAGGCGUGGAAUCCAUUUGAGGAAGAGCAGCCCUUCAGUCAAAUGACUGAGGAUCAUAUAUUCGAGGCAGAGUUUGAUAAAAUACGUCAGCGUGGUAGUCAAGGCAGCAUUACGGCCAAGUCGGCUUCUACUACGUCCACGCUAACGCCAACGGAACAAAGUGCUGUCGCCGCGGCAGCAGCAACAACGUCAGCAACAACAACAGCAGCAACAGCAGUAGCAUUGUCUGUAACAGCUGUGGCAGCUUCAGCGGCUGCUGUGUCGCCAGCACUGGCAGAGGAUCCCUUUGGCUCGGCGCCAUUCAGCUUGCCGCCUGGGUUGCGUGAGAAGGCGAGUUCGCUGCGCAAAACUGGAGCCAAAUUCAUCGUUAGCUGCUCCUCGGGCGUUGUUACGCCCAGCAACUUAGCUGGCAACACACACAGUGGCGCCAACAAUGCCACCAGCUCCAGUUCGUCCAAGUGGCUGCUCUCACCCACACUGGAGGAGGACAAGACCAGCUUGAUAGGCAAACUCAACAAACUGGAUGCCUCCGAGUGCAGCGGGCAAACAGAGCUGGGCGGUGGCUAUGUGAAGCUGCCGCUGGAUUCGCUGGAUCGCAACAAGUAUGAAAAGCUGCGCAGCAAUGAUCAGCCCACAUCCGAUGACUCCGACUCGGAGUUCUUUCAGCAGGACAGCGAUGAGCAGCUGGGCACGGGCACUGCCAAGAAGGCGGCCAUAUUCAAGCAGAUUGUGACCAGCAACAUACCCGAGACCAUACACAAAAUCCAUCAGGUGGCCUACCACAAGGUGGACAAGAGCACGCUGCCCAUAGUGAAGAAGCUACGCCAGUCUGCGACGACAAAAAAACCAUCCAGCUCGGCUCAGCAGGCGGCGCAGCAGCUAAAUAUAAUGGCCGCAGCGGUGGCGGCUCAAGCCGCCCAAGCGGCCGCCGUGGCAGGCAAUGUGGAUGCAUCGGACGAUGAUGCCGACUCCAUAGGCUCGGCCAGUGAUUUGCGUGCCGAGGAUGAUGAUUUGUUUGAUGAGAAUCCGCGUGCGCUGCAGGGCAAGAUGCGACGUGCUCCAGCGCUAGAUAUGGAUGGCAUCAGCGAGAGCGUCAAGACCUGCAAUAGUUCCGCCUAUCAUGCCGAAUGCGAAAGCGUCACCACACAUGAGGAUGAUGUGCGUAGUCGCGUUGUGGUCAAGGUGCGCAUGCGCAAAAAGGAUCGCAGCGCUGCCGCCGCCGCUGCAGCAGCAGCUGCAGUAGCGCCCAGUGGCGAUGCCAGCGCUGCCGGAGCUGACAUUGAGGAGCUAAGUCCUAGCUCGAGUGAUUUGCUUAACAAGCUGGGCGACCAUCCGCUGCUGCUGGACGAUGAGCUCGACUAUGGCUCGGCGGAGAGCAAGAGCAGCAAUGAAUCGGCAGCAGCGCAGGCAGCAGAGGAACAGCAGGCCGAAGAGGAGGAGGAAUUGGAUGUGUUUGCCAUGGCGCCGUUUAAGCUGCCCGUGGGCAGAGCACCCAAGUCCAAGCCGAAACCAAAGCCCAAACCCAGCGCACAGCCUGCAGAGAUGUGGACUUCGACGCCCGUAAAGGGCGCACCACUGACCCCAGUCAGCCAAGCAGCAAACUUUGCCAACUUUCCGCCAGAGCCAGCGCAUGCCUCACCGCAAUUGGAUGAAUUCAAUGAGCCCAUCUUCAAUCCAUUUAUAGAGCCUGCCAAGCAGCCUGCGCAGCCGGAACAGAGCGAGCAAUGUGAUCUCUUUGGCUCGGAGCCCUUUCCACAGGUAAUACGCAAAUGUGUUGUUGUCACGCCCGAGCACUAUGCCCUCAACAAUAAUAACAACAACAACCACAACAACAACAAUAAUAAUAAUAGCAAUAACAAUAAAAAUAUUACAAAAGUAAAUGCCGUCGCGGCUGUUAGCCAUAACUCCCAGCUCGUAACCAUAAAUCAUUCAAUUAUAAUUAAUAAAACACCCGAACCCAGCAGUGUCUAUGUGAAUGUGCCCAGCAGCUGCUCCAUCACCAUACCCGUUGCACCAACAACAGCUCCAGCUCCAGCACCAGCCCAGCCUGUUAUAGUUACUGUGCCUGCCGCCGCCGCCGCCGUCGCCGCCCCAGCAGUUGCAACUGUGUCCGCCCCAGUUCCCGCUCCAGUGCACCUGCAGCCCCUGCUGGCCAUUGCAGAUAACGGAUUUGUGCAAAUCUCUCAAGAUCGCUGCUCGGACUUUACGCCAGACGAUGAGGAGGAGCCCGUGGUGUUGCGUUCUGCCGAUUUGGUUGCCGACCACGUCGAUACCAUUGCCGCUAUCCCCGUCGCUGUUAAGCCCAAAAAGGAAAAGUCCCACUUGGCUGUAAGAGCGCUGCCGGCCAAGCUCACCCAAAAGGUCAAGGGGCAUGCGUACAAAAAAGUUAGCGCCGCUGCCCUUGGCUCCACAUCCUCACUUAGCUCGGGCAGCAAACAGAAACAUCAACGCUUGCAAUAUCAAUCGCAGGACGAUGAUGAGGACGAGCGACGCAAUGCCGGUGCACAGGAUGAGAAUGUCGGUCGCAGCAGUCGCAACUUUCAGUCCAACACCAUCCAGAGCUCCGCCAAGACGGGCUUCAGCAACAUGAGCUUUGAGGACUUUCCAUCCGAUCAGGAAAUCGAUCGCAUGUCCAAGACCAUUCCGUUUGAGGUGGUGCGCAAGGAGAAAAUGUUACUAGAGGCAGAGAAGAAAUUCGGUUCGCUCAAGCGACGCAAUAAUCUCUUCUCAUAAACAAAAAAAUGAAUUUCCUACAAAUUUACAAGCAUGACUGAUGUUUCAAAAUAGAGCGGCAACAAUGAAGAUGAAGAAGAAGAAGAACAAAAAACAUUCGCUGUGUAUGUGUCCCACAUGCAUUAUCUAUCUUUAUAUACAUAAAUGUUAGCAAUAUUUAAAUUUGUUUCUUUUUUGUAAAGUUUAUUGUUUGCACCUGCGCCUCCUUCAUUACCGUUAGCAGCAGACACAUUACAGCAGCUAGAAAGGCAAACACACACAUACACACUAGAACUUCCAUACAUACAAUACAUAUAUUUAGAGCUAUAUACAAUUCAUGCAUAUUUAUAUAAACUUACACAUACAUUAUAUUAUAUAUGUAUAGCCAAAUAUACCUCUGUCCCAAUGGAGAGAUAAUGUAUUUUUCGAGCAAAGUAUUUCCCCCCCUUUAAAACACAGAGUGUUGACUCUGUUUUAAGAAAACUGCAGCUGCACAAUUAAUUCAAACUGAAAG